ACGGCGGCGGGGCGCCCCCUCCCCCGUCCCGGGGCGCUGCAGAGGGAUGUGGGGCUUUGCGGGAGGAAGGCUUUUCGGCAUCUUCUCGGCCCCAGUGCUGGUGGCUGUGGUGUGCUGUGCACAGAGCGUGAACGAUCCCGGGAACAUGUCCUUUGUGAAGGAGACCGUGGACAAGCUGUUGAAAGGCUACGACAUUCGCCUCAGACCUGACUUCGGAGGUCCUCCAGUCUGUGUAGGGAUGAACAUCGACAUCGCCAGCAUUGACAUGGUUUCUGAAGUGAAUAUGGACUAUACCUUAACCAUGUAUUUCCAACAAUAUUGGAGAGACAAGAGGCUUGCUUAUUCUGGGAUCCCUCUCAACCUCACACUGGACAACCGAGUGGCUGACCAACUCUGGGUGCCUGACACAUACUUUUUAAAUGACAAAAAGUCAUUUGUGCAUGGGGUGACAGUGAAGAACCGCAUGAUCCGCCUGCACCCUGAUGGGACGGUGCUGUAUGGGCUCAGAAUCACAACAACAGCAGCAUGCAUGAUGGAUCUAAGGAGGUAUCCACUGGAUGAGCAGAAUUGUACUCUGGAGAUUGAAAGCUAUGGAUACACCACAGAUGACAUUGAAUUUUACUGGAGAGGUGGCGACAAGGCUGUCACUGGAGUGGAAAGAAUUGAGCUACCACAGUUCUCCAUCGUGGAACACCGGCUGGUCUCAAGAAACGUUGUCUUUGCCACAGGUGCCUAUCCUCGACUUUCACUAAGUUUUCGGUUGAAGAGAAACAUUGGAUACUUCAUCCUUCAGACUUACAUGCCUUCUAUACUAAUUACAAUUUUAUCCUGGGUGUCCUUCUGGAUCAAUUAUGAUGCAUCUGCUGCUAGAGUUGCCCUUGGGAUCACAACUGUGUUGACAAUGACAACCAUCAACACACAUCUUCGGGAGACCUUGCCCAAAAUCCCGUAUGUCAAAGCCAUUGAUAUGUACCUCAUGGGCUGUUUUGUCUUUGUGUUUCUGGCCCUUUUGGAGUAUGCAUUUGUCAACUACAUUUUCUUUGGAAGAGGUCCUCAAAGGCAGAAGAAACUUGCAGAGAAGACAGCCAAGGCAAAGAAUGACCAUUCCAAGAGUGAAAGCAACCGGGUGGAUGCUCAUGGAAAUAUUCUCUUAACAUCUCUGGAGGUUCAUAAUGAAAUGAACGAGAUCACAGGCAGUGUUGGUGAUACGAGGAAUUCAGCAAUAUCCUUUGACAACUCAGGAAUCCAGUACAGGAAGCAAAGCAUGCCUCGGGAAGGCCAUGGGCGACACAUGGGGGACAGAAACAUCCCGCACAAGAAGACUCAUCUACGGAGGAGGUCUUCACAGCUCAAAAUAAAAAUCCCUGAUCUAACCGAUGUGAAUGCAAUAGACAGAUGGUCCAGGAUCGUAUUUCCGUUCACUUUUUCUCUUUUCAACUUAGUUUACUGGCUGUACUAUGUUAACUGAGUGACUGUACUUGAUUUUUCAAAGACUUCAUUUAACACUGAGUGAAAUAUUACUCUGCCUGUCAAGUUUUUAUACCUGUACAGACACACACACAUACACACACACACACACAUACACACAUACACACACACUUGUAUAUAUGUGUGAACUUUCUCAGCAUAUAUAUAAAAUACACUUGAAUAUGAGGAUGUAUGUGUAUACGUUUAUACACACUGGUGUAAAUUCCCAUUUGUGUGAAACAGAUACACAUACAUAUAUACAUUUUGCAGCUAUGGACACUUAAGACAGAAUGCAUACUGAAGAAAGUCUUAUUUUUUGUUUGUUUUUUUAACUGAAAGGGACAAGUAUCCUCUAAAUAUAAUGCCUUUGGAAUGAGGGUGAGAAACACAAUAUCAUCUUAAAAUGUAUCUUUUUUAAUCAUAAAUUAUAUAUUUUAGUUUAAAAUUCAGAAAUUCUUUAUCACCAAAAGCUUAUACAAUGUUAUUCCUGAUUUAAAAUUAGUUAUUAAUUUUAUAUCCUCUCUUUCCAUUUACGAAGCAGAGAAUUUUUGCUUUUUUUGGUGAAGUAGUUUAUUUUUAUCAAGCAUAUGUUUUCUG